UAGGCAGUCACCUUCUCUGUACACUUUGGUAUGCUAUAAAUCUGUGGACAGAGGGGAAAAUAGAUUGAAUGGCUAUUUUAAACAAACUUAGACAUUUUUGGUUCUCUGUUGUUGAGGAGCGAAAUGUCUGCUGAGUUUUUUGACAUGCUGGAGAGGAUGCAGGACGAUUACAUCCCUUACCCCAGGAUUGAGGAUGUGCUGGAGAAAGGGGGUCCAUAUCCGCAGGUGAUUCUGCCACAGUUCGGGGGUUAUUGGAUCGAGGAUGCCGAAGCCCCGGUGGGCACACCCACCUCUUCGGACAGCAGCUUCUGUGAGGAGGACGACGGAGAGGGCAUGAGUCCAGGAGGAGGAUUCGGCUAUCGUCUGGAGUGCAACAGCACGGCGCGGGCCUACCGCAAGCACUUCUUAGGCAGGGAGCACCUGAACUAUUAUUGUACGGGCAGCAGUCUGGGGAACCUGGUUAUGUCCCUGAAGCAUGAGGAGGCAGAGGGCCAGGAGUUUCUCCGCAUUAUGCUGAGGUCGAAGAUGAAGACACUCCAUGACAGGAUCUCACUGGCAGGACUUGGUCAGCUUCCCAGCGUUCCUCAAAUAGCCAAGGUGCUGUGUGAAGAUGCUACUGGUCUAAAGUUCAACCCAGUCCUGUACCCCAGGGGUUCGCAGCUGAUAGUCAGCUACGAUGAACAUGAGGUGAACAACACUUUCAAGUUCGGAGUCAUCUAUCAAAAGUUUGGCCAGACAUCAGAAGAAGAGCUGUUUGGGAACAACGAGGAGACACCAGCUUUCACAGAAUUCCUCAGUAUACUGGGAGAGAACAUUGACCUACAAGACUUCAAAGGGUUUCGAGGUGGGCUGGACGUCUCUCAUGGUCAGACUGGUUCCCAGUCUGUCUACACGGUUUUCCGUCAGAGAGAAAUCAUGUUUCACGUCUCCACUAAGCUACCUUUCACUGACGGAGACGUCCAGCAGCUACAGAGAAAAAGACAUAUUGGGAACGAUAUUGUGGCUGUAGUCUUCCAGGAAGAGCCCACGCCGUUUGUGCCAGACAUGAUUGCCUCCAACUUCCUCCAUGCUUACGUUCUGGUUCAGCCAGAAAACCCCUGUACUGAACACACAACAUACAAGGUGUCUGUCACUGCUCGAGAAGAUGUGCCACCCUUUGGCCCGCCUCUUCCAAAUCCUGCUGUGUUCAAGAAGGGGCCCGAGUUCCGGGACUACCUGCUGACAAAACUGAUCAAUGCAGAGAACGCUUGUUACAAGUCUGACAAAUUUGCCAAGCUUGAGGAGAGGACACGGGCAGCACUAUUAGAUAACCUUCAUGAUGAACUGCACAGACAGACGCAAGCCACUCUGGGACUAGGCUCCGUCACAGACGAGGACAAGCUGGAAAAUGGAGGCCAUGGGGGACUGCUGGAGUCCUUCAAGAGGGCUAUGAGAGUGCGGAGUCACUCCAUGGAGACCAUGGUGGGCUCUCAUCGGCACCGCAGCCCUGGUGUGGGAGGGGGCGUCCCAGCCAGUCUGAGCGGUGGCGGGCUACCGCAGAGCAGCGCAGAGUGCACGAAGAGCACCUUCACGCCUCCAGUACUGUCGGCUAAGUCUCCUUUAAAGAGCCCAGUGAAGAGGCGCUCAGGCCUGUUUCCCAGACUGCACUCCAGCACAGAGAGUCCGUCUGAACGACAGACCCGCAGUGACCAAAGGACCCCGGACGUGUGCCCUCACUCGCAGGAAGUAAAAUCAGAAACGUCGUCUAAUCCCAGUUCCCCUGAGAUAUGCCCAAACAAGGAGAAGCCUUUCAUGAAGCUAAAGGACGGCAGUAGCGGCAGCAGCAGUAGACCCAACAUCUCCCGCUCUUCCUCCAGUACUAGCAGUUUCAGUAGCACCGCUGGGGAAGGAGAGGCGCUCGAGGAGCUCGAUACAGGUGGUCACCCGAGCACAGCCUCCUCCUCUGCAUUCAGCCCUUCUCUCAGUGUGGACAGCCAGGGAUCUGGAACUCCUCUCAUUAUGAGUCGCAGUCCCACAGGUACCAGCAAAACUAAUCAUCUUCUCUCUCCAACAGACGUGAAAAGUAAAACGUCACCCAGGUCAAACUUGAAGUUCCGCUUUGACAAACUCAGUCACUCCACAACAGGUCACUAGGAUAGACAAAUGCUGCUGCUUGGAUAAAAGGCGGUGAAGAUGUAUAGAUCCCGAGACUUGCUCUGAGGAAGGAGAAGGGACCACUGGCUUUAAACAAUGCACUUGUCGUCAAAAAUACAUCUGCUGGGCAAAUUUCACAUUUUCAAGACUGAAC